AUGGAAACCUCGGACGAGGACCCGUAUAUUGACCGAUCUUACCGUCGAACCGUUGGCCGCCUCAAUAUCCCCGGUUUUCGCAAGGGAAAAGCCCCUCGCUCCAUCGUUGAAAACUACGUAGGCCGCACCGCUUUGGUCCAGGAAGCCCUGGACUUCAUGAUCCCCGAAACCCUUAACCAGGUCCUUCAGGAACAGGAAAUCCAGGCCUUUGUUGAGCCUCGGGUUGAAGUCAUGGAACUGGAACCCGUUACCUUCAAUGCCACCGUCCCCCUGGAACCCACCGUCGAUCUGGGCGACUUCUACAAUGUCAGGUUGGAAAAAGAAGAAGUCGAAAUCUCCGACGACGAGGUUGACCGGGUCCUGGACCGGAUCCGCCGCGAAAUGGCCCCUUGGGAGCCGGUCAGUCGUCCCGUCCAGUUUGGCGACCUGCUGAACGUGAACGUGAAGGGCGAAAUGGACGGCGAGGAAGUCGUCAACGAUCAGGAAGUGGACUACAUUCCUGAAACGACCAACGUCCUUCCUUUCCCCGGCUUUGCUGACCACCUGGAAGGGCUGGAAGAGGGCUCACAAAAGGAUUUCACGGUAACCAUUCCGGAGGAUUAUCCCCGUCCCGAGUACGCCGGCAAGGAUGUGGCCUUUAGUGUGGAGGUCCUUACCAUCAAGGAAAGGGCCCUGGCCGACCUUGACGAUGAUUUUGCCAAGGGCGUCGGCGACGGCUUCGACGAUAUGGAAGCCCUCCGGGCCCAUAUCCUUGAGCGCAUUACCGGCGAGGCCGAAUCCCAGGCCAGUUACGCCUUCCAGGAACAGAGCAUGAACUCGCUGCUGGAAAGCGCCACUAUCACCGCUUCCGACAUCCUGCUGGAACGGGAAGUCCAGAAUAUGCAGGACGAACGGGAGCGAAUGUUGCGUAACCAGCGCCUGGACCUGGACACCUACCUGAGCUAUGUGGGCAAAUCUCAGGAGGAGUUCCAGGAAGAGCUUCGCCCUAUGGCGGAGGACCGCCUCAACCGCAUGCUGGUGGUCCGCAAGCUGGCCCAGGAAGAGGAACUGGACGUUACGCCGGAGGAGAUUGAGGAAGAGAUUGAAACCAUGCUCGCCGGCGCCACUGCAGAGAACGAAACCGCCAUGCGCCGCGCCCUCAAUGCCGAAGGCACCCGGGAGUCCAUCCGCGGCUCCCUUCUUAAUCAGAAAGUAAUGGCGCGCCUGGUAGAGAUUGUCCAGGGCUUGGAGCCCGGGGCUCUUGCCGAGCAGGCCGAAGAAGAGUCGGAACAGGAAAUGGAAACAGAAACGGAAGCCGCCGCUGAAUUGGAAACUGUCGAGGAAGCGCCGGACGGCCCGGUCAAUGAAGCGGACGCAUCAGACAAUGAAGGAGCAUAA